AGGCUUUAUAGACGUUCUCUCACUCCAUGUGUUUUUCGGGGUUAAAUUUCAGUUGGCGCGGGGCGGAACAGAGGAACAACGAUUUCGAAAACAAGCAGAGAUCCGCUGCAGACGCAGAGCUGGACACACCGCAUUCUUCUCUGUAUAAAAUCCUUCUGUAUACAAACGGUUAUCUUGUACACCUUAUUCAAUAGUGCAGGAGAAGGCGAACAUGACCGACGAGGGUGAGUUGGAGAAAAUAGUCCCUAGUGCCCUGAAUGCGGGGAGUGAUUCAGGGGCACUAGUACAGGUAACGUUUCAAAAAAACCCCUAUCAAACCCAGAAGUACCUGGAGGGAGAACCAAAAGCUUUAGGGAUAACAGAGAUUAUGCUGAGUCUCUUUUACUUCAGCACCAUAGCUGUGAACUGGACAAAUCAUGAUGAACACACCCUAAUCAUCAUCAGCACUAUAUUCUCUUUAGUUAACAUUAUAGCUGGUAGUGUGGCAAUAGCAGCACAGAAUCUUCACCUUCCUACUCUGAAGGCCUGCUUGGGGAUGCAGAUUGUUGCAUGUGUGUUGUCAGGGGUCAGCUUUAUCAUUAGCUCAGAGCUAAUGGUACUACAUUCAGUGUUUCGCUACUGCUGGGACCCUUACCACAAUGACACAUUAACAGACAACAUGUGUAUGAGACAAUGGACCAUCCAUGAACAUAUUAUAGGAAUAGAGAUGCUCGUGCACUUGACUCAGAUCGCUCUCUCUGCCACCUUGGCUGCCUUCUGCUGCAAAGUAAUCCAGUGCUGCUCACCGAGGAACAAUGUGCCUGUUAUUAUGGUGAACACACUCCCAGAGCCACAGUUACAGCAGAGUCACAACCCCAUUUAACUGACUUUUUUUUUUUUUUUUACGCACAUGCAUUAUCAAUCUACUUUCAAUACACACAUUUGUUAGGCUAUAUGUAUACAGCCUACAGUAUACUACCUGAAUAACAUAGUCAUGUAAUAAACUGUUACAAUAACCUAAAAAUAAGUAAUUUUAAAACUGUUUAUACUUACUUUUGUCCUGUUUCAGAACUGUUCAGGAGAUAUAUAGAUGUUUGUAUGUAUAUUCCAAAUAAUGUCUGCUGUCUUGGUUAAAUAUGUAUUCACAAUAGGGAUUUAGUGAUUUAUACUACAAAAAAAUAAGUAUUAGAUUGGGUGGAAGGGUGUUGGGAAAUAAUAUAUAUAAUAAUAAAACAAAAACUGACAACAUUUUGUUUUUUUAAAUAUUAAACCUGAGGCUGAUCUUUAUUUUUGCCCUAAUGUACAAAUUACAUAAAGCCUAUAGAGAAAAAAGCUACUUAUGACUUGUAUUUGAAAAGUUUUCAUAUUUCAUUCUUUACCACCAGAUGGCGCUGUACAGCUUAGUUAAAAUAAAGGGAAUAUUUUACAAAUUGUUA